CUUACACAUGGUUUUAGAACAUGUCUGUUUCGUGGUGUGUGUAUACUCUAAUCGCUGUGUUGUUUAUCAGUCCAACUGCGCCAAACUAUUAACUGUAUAAUUGUAACGAUUAUGGGGAAGGUUAAGCGCAAGUUUAACUGGAAAGCUCGACGUGUCGCUGCAGAAAACACGCCGAAUGAACCCGUAGAUGUUCCUGAGGUUGAACUUGAUCAGACUUUGCACGGUACUUUUGACACUAGCAAUGCUUUAGUUUUGCCAGCCAAGAAGGACAAAUCGGAGAAAAAAUUCGACGAAAUAAAGAAAGUUAGAAAAUUGAGUAAAAAGAAAAGGAAGCAACUAGAAAAGGUUAUUGAGCACAGAAAGAAAAAAGAGAAGAGAGCAGAAUUGUUGGCUGCUUUACAAGAAGUACAGGCUUCAAAAGAUGAAAUGUUGAUGUUUCAAUCAACAGCAAAAAUUGGUCAACAUGUGAAAGCCCCUAAGAGACAACUUGAGACGUGUGAUUUAAAAAUCAGCAGUAUUAGUGGAAGCAAUAAAAAGAAACGAACAGAAGAUGACAGCGUCUGUCGGUAUGGCUCUGAUUCAAGUGACAUCAACACGAGUGAUAUGUCAACUGAUGACGAAGAGACGCCAGAUAAAGAAGAAGUUAUUAUCAAGGAGAAAGAGAAUGCUAAACAAGUUGAGGUAGAUGAUAAUGUGAAAGAUGCUGAAAGUGAUAAAAGUGAGCUCAAGAAACAGGAAUCUGUUGUGAAAGACUGUGAAAACACUGAGAAAAAAGAUUUCCUGUCGGAUGGAAAAGUGAAAGUAAAGAACAUUGUUGAAAUAAGUGAAGAAGAUAGGAAACCAGCUGUGUUUGUUCCUGUGAAUAGAAGUUCAGAAAUUCAGGAAGCCAGAUUGGGGUUACCAAUAUUAGCAGAAGAGCAGAUCAUCAUGGAAACCGUCAGACAUAAUUCUGUUGUUAUAAUAUGCGGUGAAACGGGUAGCGGUAAAACGACGCAAGUACCACAGUUUUUAUAUGAAGCUGGAUACGCACAAAACGGAUUGAUUGCAGUGACAGAGCCACGCCGUGUUGCCGCGAUAAGUAUGUCAAAACGUGUUGCACAUGAAAUGAAUUUGUCAACCAGUGAGGUUUCCUACCAAAUACGUUACGAAGGUAAUGUAUCGAAAGAAACUCAAAUUAAAUUCAUGACUGAUGGCGUUCUACUCAAAGAAAUACAGAAGGAUUUUCUUCUCUCCAGUUACUCGGUCGUGAUCAUAGAUGAGGCACACGAAAGGAGUGUUUAUACAGACAUUCUGAUUGGUUUACUUUCAAGAAUAGUUCCUCUCAGAAAAAAGAGAGCAAAACCUUUGAAGUUGAUAAUCAUGUCAGCCACCCUGCGAGUGGAAGACUUCACAGAGAAUGGCAAGCUAUUUAAAGUGAAACCACCGGUGUUGAAAGUGGAUUCCAGACAAUACCCCGUCACUGUACACUUCAACAAAAGAACACCAAUGGAUGACUAUAUGAAUGAAGCAUAUCAAAAGAUUUUAAAAAUUCAUCGGACUUUACCUGCCGGUAGUAUAUUGGUUUUUGUUACUGGACAAAAUGAGGUCAAUGCCCUCUGUAGAAAGCUUAAAGAAGCGACAAGACCAAAACAGUUCAAGGCUCAUUUGCAGGACGAGGAUGCUGAAGAUGAUGAACAAGAAGCUAAAGAUUUCAAAAAACGGAAAUUACCCAAAAUACAACUGGAUAGCUAUUCUGUGGAUCCUUAUGAAGAAGAAGAAAUAGAUGAAGUAAACGAUGACCUUUUGGAAGAUAUCCAAUCAGACUUUGGUUUACAAACUGAAGUGGAUUCAUCCGAGGAUGAAAUGGACAAAAGUGCUAUAAUGUCGUCUGAAAAUGAUGAUGUCCCGUUACAUGUUUUACCGCUAUACUCGCUAUUGUCCCCAGAAAAGCAAGCAAGGGUAUUUCAACCGCCACCCGAAGGAACACGUCUGUGUGUCGUGUCCACCAAUGUUUCCGAGACUUCACUGACAAUACCCGGCAUUAAGUACGUGGUGGAUACCGGCAAGGUCAAGAGAAGGUACUACGAUAAAGUGACAGGUGUGUCCGCUUUUAGGAUCACCUGGACGUCGAAGGCAUCGGCCAAUCAAAGAGCGGGACGUGCUGGUCGUACUGAAGCUGGUCACUGCUACAGACUCUAUUCCUCAGCUGUAUUUGCCAAUGAUUUUGAUAAAUUCUCACCGCCAGAGAUCACUAGACGACCUGUAGAUGACCUGAUAUUACAGAUGAAGGAUAUGAAUAUUGAUAAAGUUGUAAACUUCCCAUUUCCAACUCCUCCUGAAAUUGAAACUAUGAAGGCUGCUGAAAAGUUACUUGUAUCCCUGGGUGCAUUAGAACCACCACUGAAGACAGGAAGAUUUAGAGAUUUAAAGAAAGCUGAAUGUUCCAGCCAUAUUACACCCCUUGGUAAAGCCAUGGCAUGUUUUCCUGUGGCGCCACGAUAUGCUAAAAUGUUAGCACUGGGUGCACAAGAAGACUGCUUACAGUAUGUCAUCGCCAUGGUUGCAGCACUCACUGUACAUGAUGUAUUUGAUGAAAAUAUCAACUCAUCAGACUCAUCAAGUGAGAAAGAAGUGAAUCGGAAGGUGAAAGCCAGAGUAUCACAUUAUAAACGACUAUGGGCUGGACAGGGUGAAUCUCUCUUACUCGGUGAUCUGAUGGUGUUGUUAAGUGCAGUUGGUGCCAGUGAAUUUGGUGGAUUAACACCAGCAUUCUGCGGUUCACAUUGUCUGCGGUACAAAGCCAUGAUAGAAAUAAUAAAUGCUGUCAAUCCAGACUGUGGAAUAUUUGUGGACCCCAAAAUGCAACCACCGUCAUUAAUUCAGAUGAAAAUUUUACGGGAAAUUGGAUUGGCUGGUAUGGGUGACCACGUAGCAAGGAGGCUGCCCUCUGAUCAACAAACACUGGAAACUAAAGGAGCGUACAAGGCUGAAGGUCUAGAAGAUUUGAUUUAUAUCCAUCCAGAGUCUGUUCUGUUCAGACAGUUGCCAGAGUAUGUCAUCUAUCAAGAAGUGAUAGAAACAGGCAAACUAUAUAUGAGAGGUAUAACAGCAAUUGAGCCUGAUUGGUUGCCAAGGUUACUGCCUCACAUGUGUGUUUUAUCCAGACCAUUGGAGGAGCCUCCUGUGGUGUAUCAUGCCAAGACUGGUACUGUACAUUGUUAUAUGACUAGCACAUUCGGUCGUGGUGGGUGGACUAUUCCUGCUGUGGAAUUAGAAUAUCCAAAUAAUAUUGAGAAAUACAAAUGGUUUGCUAAGUUUCUACUUGAAGGAAAGGUCAUCAAGUCUCUGGCUGUAUUUGUACCACAUCUGUUGUCCACUCCAAGUACAAUGGUCAAAUCUUGGGCAAAGUUGCAGCCGAGGACAGAAGUGUUGUUAAAAUCCUUAGUGAUGGAAGAUGUGAAUUCAAAGGAUGCCCUAUUAAAAGCCUGGGACAAAAAUAGUCAAUAUUUACUUUCUUCUUUUUGUGAAUGGCUGCCGAAUGAAAAACAUAUUGAAGUUCAGAAAAUAUGGCCACCUGUCAAAAGAAAGGAAAACUGA